CUCCGACGUUCGCGCGCUUUCAUCACGGCGUCUCGUGACAUCACAACUGCAGCAUGGCGGUCAAGGUGCAGUCAACAAAAAGGGCCGACCCCAGCGAAUUGAAAGCAGUAUUCUUGAAGUUUUGUAGUGUGACCAAGGAUGGGGAGCAUUUCAUGACUCCAACAGAUUUUGUGCAGAAAUAUCUGGGAUUACACACAGAACCACACUUCAACCCAAAGAUUGUACAGCUUCUGGCUGGCGUCGCUGACCAAACUAAAGAUGGGUUGAUCUCCUUUCAAGAAUUUCUGGCAUUUGAAUCUGUUCUGUGUGCUCCUGAUGCCAUGUUUAUUGUGGCUUUUCAGCUGUUUGACAAGAAUGGCAAUGGAGAGGUGACAUUUGAAAACAUCAAAGAGAUCUUCAGCCAGACAAUUAUUCACCAGCAUAUCCCUUUCAACUGGGAUUGUGAGUUUAUUCGGCUGCACUUUGGCUUUGACAGGAAAAAGAAUCUCUCCUAUUCUGAAUUUACACAGUUUUUGCAGGAACUACAGCUAGAGCAUGCAAGGCAAGCAUUUGCACAAAAGGACAAAAACAGAAGUGGCACAAUCGUGGCAUUAGACUUCAGCGAUAUCAUGGUUACCAUUCGUUCACACAUGCUCACUCCGUUUGUUGAAGAGAAUCUAGUCUCAGCAGCAGGUGGAACUACCUCUCAUCUGGUCAGCUUUUCUUACUUCAAUGCAUUUAACUCCUUGCUGAACAACAUGGAGCUUAUAAGGAAGAUAUACAGCACUUUAGCAGGCACAAGAAAAGAUGUACAGAUCACCAAAGAAGAGUUUGCUCAUGCUGCCAAUAAAUUUGGACAGAUUACACCUUUGGAGGUUGAUAUCCUUUUCCAGCUUGUGGCUCUCUACAGUCCAACAGGGCGAGUCACACUGGCAGAUAUUGAAAGAAUAGCACCAUUGGAAGAAGGAGCCCUACCAUACAACCUGGCUGAAGUCCAGAGGCAGCAAUCUUACAGUGAUACUAGCAGGCCUAUAUGGCUCCAAGUUGUUGAGUCUGCUUACAGGUUCACUUUGGGCUCAAUUGCUGGAGCGGUGGGAGCUACUGCAGUUUAUCCUAUUGAUUUGGUGAAAACAAGGAUGCAGAACCAGCGGUCUACGGGGUCCUUCAUUGGAGAACUGAUGUACAAAAAUAGUUUUGACUGUUUCCAGAAAGUUGUACGGUACGAAGGCAUUUUUGGCCUUUAUAGAGGUCUUUUGCCACAAUUGUUGGGCGUUGCUCCGGAAAAGGCCAUUAAACUUACUGUAAAUGAUUUUGUGAGAGACAAGUUCACUCAAAGGGAUGGCUCAAUUCCUGUUAUUGCAGAAAUCCUUGCUGGUGGUUGUGCUGGAGGUUCGCAAGUAAUUUUUACAAAUCCUCUGGAAAUAGUGAAAAUUCGACUCCAAGUUGCAGGCGAGAUCACCACAGGUCCCAGAGUCAGUGCACUUUCUGUGAUGCGUGAUCUUGGAUUUUUGGGUUUGUACAAGGGUGCAAAAGCUUGUUUUCUCCGUGAUAUCCCUUUCUCUGCCAUUUAUUUCCCAGUGUAUGCUCAUACUAAGCUAGCCCUUGCGGAUGAGCAUGGUAGGUUGGGUGCUUUGCAACUUCUUACAGCUGGUGCUAUUGCAGGUGUUCCUGCAGCUUCCUUAGUAACUCCUGCAGAUGUCAUCAAAACAAGACUUCAAGUUGCAGCUCGUGCUGGUCAGACUACCUAUAGUGGUGUUAUUGACUGUUUUUGGAAGAUCUUGAGAGAGGAAGGUCCUAGAGCUUUAUGGAAAGGAGCAGGAGCUCGAGUCUGCCGGUCCUCUCCGCAGUUUGGUGUAACUCUGGUGAGUUACGAACUUUUGCAAAGAUGGCUCAAUGUUGACUUUGGGGGAAUCAAACCUGUUGGUUCUGAGCCCACACCUAAAUCUAGGAUCUUGGACCUUCCUCCAGUCUCUCCAUAUCACAUUGGAGGAUACAAACUAGCUACUGCUACUUUUGCUGGUGUUGAAAACAAGUUUGGCCUCUAUCUGCCUAAAUUUAGAUCUUCAGGUGUGGCUGCAAUCCAUCCACAAGUAUCAGCUGGUUCUCCAGAUUCUUAAGAGAUCUCCAAGGUCCACUUUAAGGUGCAAUCUCAAAUAACAUGGAGCAAUGUUGAAAGUAAUAGCUGCAUGUAGGUGGAGGUCAGUUGAAAUUUGAUUGAAAUCAUGUAUUUCUUAAUUAAAUUUUUGUAACAAUACUAAAUGUCUGAAUUGUUUGCAUUGCAGAAAGUUGUUGCCACAGACUUUAUUUGUAUAAUUUUAAAGAUCAUAUGUAAAAGAUGAAAACAAAAUUCUACCUACAGCUAGAAAUAAAUACUUAAAACCACUUAAAUUACAUGAUUGUUUCAAAAAGCAAUGUAUUUGAUCAUUGAUUUCAGACUUGGAUACUGUUAAUAUUUCUGUUGUGUAACUGCUAUGGACACUUUAAAAAAAAUUGUUUUAUUCUGUACUUUUUCUUGAUUUUUUUCUCUUCUGUUUCUUAUGAAGCACCAGAAAAAGUUCAAAAUAACGUUUAGCACGGUAAUGCAUAUUAUUCAUAAAGUAUCUAAUGUUACAAAGUUUAACACGUUUUAUUUUGUUCAUUCAUUAAAGUACAGAAAAGUCAUUUUAACUUGUACUACUUUGGGUUUCAAAAAUAGUUUCACAAUAAUGCAAUUAUUGAAAGAUAUGAAAUUGAAAUCAAACGUGGCUGUAUUGAACUGUAGAUAUGGGCAAGUUGGUUUGCUUUAAGAUUCAAGCUCAGUUGUGGAACAGAGCUAGUGGGCUCUCCGCAUUGAUUGUCAAUUAGUGAAAUAUGCCCCCCUCUACCAUCUGUUUUGUUUAUCAUUGAAGAAUUCUCCUUUAAGCUUGCAUUCUGCAGCUAUUCUUUUUAUAAACCAGCCUGAAGUAGUUAUAUUAAAGUAGUCAAGUAGCAGCCAGUUCUAAGGAUAUUUGUGCUUUUUGGCAUUCAUGAAGAGCAUCAGCUGAAAUGUGCCCUCUGCAUUGCAGAAAAGCCUUUCAAAAUCAAUAAUUGCAAGACACAAAUUGGGUCAUCUUUAAAAUCAGUAUCUAUGUAUGAUCCUUAAUUUUAAAAAAACUUUUGUUUUACACAACUUGCACUUGAUAUACCUGUACAUAGUGUACAUCUGUACAGAGACAUCAGAGAGGGACAGAGUAAAUAACAUGAUGCUGUGGUGCAAUAUGCUGGAGUUAUAGGUCAGUGAAAGACAUUGUACAGAUUGUUAGUUUUGUUAAAUCAUGUUAUUUAAAAUGAAAUUUUAGGAUAUUACUGUUUGAAAGAAUUAUCAUGGUAUUGAUUUCUUUAAUGAAAAUAAGUCUGUUAGAUUUGGUGUCUGAAUUGCUAGGAAAACUGGAUCAUUUUAGGCCAUCAGUAAAUCAACCUUAGCCCAAAAAUAUGCUUUUUAUGAUGUAUGUUUCAGCAAAUGCGCUGAAAGUGUUUGAUUUUGUAACGGUGUUUUGGCAUUUCUCAGUGAAAUGAAGCUACAUCUGAAUUGUGUACAGACUAAGUUUCUCCUUAUGCACUAUUCAAGUGUGCACAUUAACCUACCACCAGCAGUUUAUCUGUGAGACAAGGAAUACCCUAAUGUGACAUUUCUAUAAUUAAACUGUAUAUAUGGCAGAUAAACCUGUUGCAUUUUAGUAUGUUUGUGGGGAAUCUAAAGUUAAUUAAUAGUAAAAAUUUGAUAACUUGUGGCAAACAGAUGGUUCCUGUAACACCUCUACAAUGAGCCUGAAGUACAGUCUCAAGAGAACCACAAUUUUUUUCCCAAUAGGGCUAUUUUGCUUUUGUCAGGAGCUAUGCAGUCCUGUGCCAACAAAGCACAGAACUCCUGGGGCUGGAGAGAGGAGGGAGAAACUCAAAUCUUCCAUAUAUUGAUUUGUACCUUAUUUUUAAAGUAAAAAUGAAAAGGACUCUUCAAUCAAAUGGCCAAUUGUUUGCCAAGUCAACACCUGUGUAUAUCUUUUCCUUCAUGUAAAACAACACAUCUAAUAGACAUCCACAAACUUUAUUUUCCUGUAUGUUUUAUUAUUUAUGUAAAACUUGCAUUAAAGUUGUUACAUAA